AUGGCCGAGUCUGCGAGAGAGAGAGAGAGAGAGACGACUUUCAUUUCUAUCCUGAAGUAUGUCCCUGUUGCCAACGUUCUUGGGGACAUCUUCUUCCACGGCUCUCUCUGUGAAGAGAGGCUGAAGGACUUCCUUGAUGUGCAAGGCCUCCUGAGCGCCCUGCUGCUUGGUGCGCUCAUCUCUUACCCAGGAAGCUUUGAGGACACCGAGCUGCUUGCGGCCUCCCAGCGUGUGGGGUUCUGCCGCGGCUGGGGGCCUCUUGAGGCGGCCGACGACCUGCGCAUGUGCGUUUUGACGGGCGGCUUCUUGCUGACCCUCGAUAUCUUCUUGGUGGUGUUGGUCUACAUGUCGUUCUCGGGUUUGGAUCUACCGCCUGAGGGUCCGGACCCACACGAGCCGGACGCGAAGGAGGAGAAAGAAAGAAGGUUCGACGACUGGUUCCGGCACAUUCGCUGGAUCCUCCUCGCCUCGACGCUUUGCAUGCUUGCAGGCAUGUUCUUUUUUGUUCGGGGCUCUGUCAUCGCCAUAUUUCUCAAGUUCCCUUUCGGCUCCGUGAAUAUGAGCAUCGAGGAGCUCACUAAUAGCGACGAGGGUUGCGGUGGUGGCGGGAACUUGCAAGCCCAGAUGCGAGACACUUUCAGUUGGUUGUUUGUUGCCGCUGCAGUGGUGACGUUCGGAAUUCUGAGUCGUGCUCACUUCAGGCAGAUGGAUAUGAAGGAGGAUCCGGAGAAGUACAAGAAAACAAACAACAAGGUGCCGUGUUGUCGCUCAAACAAGGUGGCUCCAGCGUGGCCCUCAGCUUCUGAAGGAGAAGAAGCAGGAGAAAACAAAAACGGUGGAGCUCCGGCUCCUAGCUGA